AUGGAAGGAGGUGAUGGAACCGUGAGGUUGGGGACUCUGAACAUGAAGCCCGAUCGGUUAUUGAAUUUGGAGCCCGACGUCUCUGUUUCGUCGCCGGUCACCAGACAGAAAGCCGCCGCUGCAAAGCAGUUGAUUGAGAAUCAUUACAAGAACUAUUACCAAGGCAUGCAAGAUCGUAUUGAAAGGCGUCGAGCAGUGCAAAGGAAGGCGCAAGAGGCGCAAGUAUCGAGUGAGGAACAGGAGGAGAUGCUGAGGAAUUUGGCACGCAGAGAGACGGAAUUUAUGAGAUUGCAGAGGCAUAAAGUUGGAAUUGAUGACUUUGAGCAAUUGACUGUCAUUGGCAAAGGCGCAUUUGGUGAGCUUCGGAUUGGCCAAUUUACUUCAGGACCGAGGGUGAUUAUCGAUGAUCAGUGGGUGGGAUUAUUGAUAGUUGGGGACUGUGGUAGAGGUCGGAGCCCAGUUAGGCUUUGUCGUGCGAAAAGUACAGGAGAAAUUUUUGCCAUGAAGAAAUUAAAGAAAUCAGAGAUGCUUAGCCGUGGACAGGUUGAGCAUGUCCGAUCUGAGAGGAAUUUGCUUGUGGAGGUUGAUAGUCGGUGCAUAGUGAAACUCUUCUAUUCUUUCCAGGAUUCUGAUUGCUUAUACCUUAUCAUGGAGUAUUUACCUGGCGGUGACAUUAUGACCUUAUUGAUGAGGGAGGAUGUCCUUUCUGAAGAUAUUGCACGAUUCUACAUAGCAGAAAGUAUUCUUGCUAUUCAUUCAAUUCACCAGCACAACUAUGUACAUAGGGAUAUAAAACCAGAUAACCUGAUACUGGACAAAAAUGGCCAUCUAAAACUUUCUGAUUUUGGCUUGUGUAAGCCCCUGGAUAAUAAAUAUACAUCAAUACUCUUGGAAGAGGAAGAUUUUACAACACAGGAACCCAUAAGUGACAGUGAAGGGCAUUCUAGCUGCGAUAGAUCUCCUUGGUUGAUGCCAAAGGAACAAUUACAACAAUGGAAACGUAACCGCCGUGCCUUGGCAUAUUCUACAGUUGGAACACUUGAUUAUAUGGCACCUGAGGUGUUGUUGAAAAAAGGAUAUGGAGUAGAGUGUGAUUGGUGGUCAUUGGGGGCAAUCAUGUUUGAGAUGCUCAUAGGCUAUCCUCCCUUUUGUUCUGAUGAUCCUAGAAUGACAUGCCGUAAGAUAAUCAACUGGAAAACAUUCUUGAAAUUCCCUGAGGAACCAAAAAUAUCAGAUGAGGCGAAGGAUCUGAUCUGUCAUUUGUUAUGUGAUGUUGAAAAAAGGUUGGGGACCAAAGGAGUUGAAGACAUAAAGGCACAUCCAUGGUUUAGAAGCAUUAAAUGGGACAUGCUGUAUGAAAUGGAAGCCGCUUACAAACCCACUGUUAAUGGAGACUUGGACACUCAGAAUUUCGAGAAGUUUGCUGAAGUUGAAGAUCCACCAUCCACAGCACCAAGAGUGGGGCCCUGGCGAAAGAUGUUGACAUCAAAAGAUGCCAACUUCAUAGGAUAUACUUUCACGAAAUCCGAUAUCCUCAAAUCAGUUGGAGCUUCAGGUAUGGACAUGAAAUCAAAUGGAUCCUCGAAACCCACAUCUCUGGUAUCCUUGUUUGGCAAUAUAGACCUCCAAGACACAGAGGAUGGCCAGAAGCAGAAAACUUGA